AUGUAUAAAUAAGUUUAGAGCAUCUCGAAUUCAAAGGAAAAAGAAAAGAUUUUCUUUCCCUCUUCUAGGGCUUGGUUAUUCUAGACAUGGACGUGGAUAUGAUUGAUUACAUUGUCGAUUUGUUCUACGACCAUAUGCGGUUUAACCAAGGGAGGAAGGCUGCACAUGAAGUCUUGUUGGGGCUGCAAAAUGAUCCCGCUAUGGUCUUCCGUCUCAGAGAAAUUUUAGACAACUCCAACUGCCUCAACACCAAGUUAUUUGCCUUGCAGGUCCUAGAGGGUGUUAUCAAAUAUAGAUGGAAUGGGUUCACGGUUGCUGAAAAAGAUGGAAUUAGCUUCUAUGUUUGGAAUGUUAUUCAACGGUUGUUACACGAUAAGGCCUCUUUCCAAGAGGAGAAACUUUAUGUCAACAAAUUGAAUAUCAUAUUUGUUCAGAUUUUGAAGCGUGAUUUAUCUGAAAGAGGGCAAGACUUUAUUCUUAGUUAUUUAAGUUUUGUUUCAAAACUUGAAGCUAGCGAUAUAGUGUGUGAGAAUUUUAUGGUUAUAUUGAGGCUUCUGAUCGAAGAGUUAUUUGAGUUUUCAAACGAGGAGAUGACUCGAGAGAUUGCAAAGCUUUCAAAUUUACUUAUCAGGGAGUCUGUACUCAUUUAUGAGUGUUGCUUUCGGGUUCUAAGUAUGUCUGAAGAAACCGAGCUUAUGUGUGCAACACUGUCCACAUUGCACAGCAUCCUCAAAUGUAUUCCAUCGGUUAAUUUUUUCAAGUUCUCAUUGCUUGAUUUACUGAUAGAUAAAUUUCCACGAAAACCAUGUUCAAACCUUGUCCUUCAAUGUUUAAUAGAGGUUGUUGGUCUCGAUUUUCCAAAGGUCGGUAUUGUACAACUUAUGCAUAAUCAAUUCUUGAACGAAUUACAGAUUGCAUUCCCUCUUAAUAUGGACAUUCCUUUGACUUAUGAUCUUGGGUCUAGCGAGACACAGGCUUUUAUUCAAAAUUUGGCAAUGUUUUUAACUUCAUUUUACCAGUGUCACAUUGAUGUACUGGAAACUACUGGUGAGGCCAAAACUGCAUUGAUCACAGGUCUAGAAUAUCUUAUCAAAAUCUCAUAUGUGAAGGAUACUGAAGUUCGAAAGUGCUGCUUACACUAUUGGAAGUCCUUUGUGUUGGAACUAUUAGAGGCACACCUCAAUUUGGAUGAUUCUAUAGAAGCAUCAGAUAUGUCAGUGUUUGAGGUGAAUCCUCUGGAUGUGAUUGAUGGAAUUGUAUCACAAAUUAAGCCGAGUAAGGAGCUAUAUGCUGAAAUAAUGCCAAAGUUGAGAAUGCUUAUGGUGUCUUGCAUGGUCAAGCCUGAAGAUGUUCUUCUAGUGGAAGACAAAAAUCAGAACAUUAAUCAUGAAGCCAUGAUGGACAGUGAUGCUCUUGUUCAAGAUAAGAUUCGGGAAACACUCAUAUUUUUGUCGCAUCUUUAUCCUGAGGAUACUGAAAAAGAGAUGCUAAAUUUACUCAAAGAACAUAUAAAUGGGCAGAAUUUGGAUCUGAACUUUUUUAGCAAAUUAUGCUGGGCAAUAGGGUCUAUAUCUGGUUCCAUGAUGAAAGAACAGGAAAUUGUUUUAUUAGCAUCUGUCAUUGAAGGGUUGCUGAGUUGUCUUAGUUGCACAAACUAUAAACAUCACAAGGCUGUUAUCAUAACUAACUUCAUGUAUGUUGUUGGGCAGUACCCAAGGCUUCUAAGUGGUCAGUGGGCAUUAUUGAAAGUUGUUGUAAACAAAUUGCUCGAGUUCAUGCAUGAAACACAUCCUAAAAUUCGGGAUAUGGCCUGCUACACAAUUUUGAAAAUUGUGAGGGAGUGCAAGCAAGACUUUGUAAUUGUUCAGGAAGGAGAAAAGAAACCAUUUGUUUCUGAACUUCUAUCACAACUUCCAGAUUUAUCUGAAGGAUUUGAGCCUCACCAGAUUUAUACACUUUUUGAAUCUUUUGGUCAUAUGAUUCAAGCAGAGUAUAAUCCUCAGAAAAGGGAAGAGUAUCUUAAGAUACUGAUGAAGUUGCCUAACCAGCAAUGGUAUGAAAUCAUUAUGCAGUUGCGGGAAAUUCCUUGUUUUCCAAAGGAUGAAGAUACGAUGAGGAAACUGGUGAACAUAUUACAGACUAAUAGAAGUGUUGCUAGUUCUUUGGGAAUGGGUACCAAAUACCAAAUGUCCUUGAUGUUUGAGGACAUGCUUUAUAUUGUCAGGUUUGCAAGAGGCUGCUCUAGUGGAUCUGAAACAUCCCAUAUGGAACUUCUAAGAACAGGAUCAGUCAGGACAGAGAUUUUAAAGCUAAUUGGGACAUGUUUUGACAAAGCAGAAUGCCAACGUGAAAUAGCAGAAGAAUUUCUACACCCAGUAAUACAUCUUGUUGUUGAAGAAUUCAAUAAGAGUCAGCUUGAUAGUUUAGAUUCGGAACUCUUUCUACUAUGUGCAUUAAUAGUCAAAACGUACAAAGAUGCAGUAACAAACGAUGUGCAUAUGAUUUUAGAUGUUUUUUUCAGUUGCACAUUGGAGUUGAAAAUUAGCACUUUUGACAAUUACCACGAGCAAUGCCUCAAGUUUUUUGUAUUGCUCCGUGCUAUUGCAACACACUGUCUUUCAGCAUUGAUUACCCCAAAAAUUCAGAAGCUUUUCAUGGAUUUAGUUAAAUGGGCAGUUGGGCACACAGAGAGAAAUAUCGCUGAAUCUGGUCUAAACCUGUUGCUAGAGAUGCUAAAAAAGUUUCAGGAUUCAGAGUUGCGCAAUCAGUUUUACAAAGACUACUUCUUGAGUAUUUUGGAACUCAUAUUUGGUGUGUUGAUGGAUACAUUUCAUAAACCUGGGUUCAAGUUGCAUGUUAUGGUACUUCAUCACUUGUUUUGUCUAGCGGGUGAAGAUGGCUUGUUAAAUAAAGCUGAGCCUUUGUGGUAUGUUAGUAAGUACCCAUUUAGAAGUAGUAAUGAAAUCUUUGUUCGCAAGUAUGUGACAGAGUUAAUUGCACCAUUUUGCAUCAAGGUUAAUACCACGGCAAAUGAUUAUGUGAAUGCACUCUUUUCAUCAAGAGAUAGAGGUGAUGCUUUUAGGUGUUCUGUGCGGAACUUUCUUCAGCAAUCUGAUAAAUUUUCUGAGUAUGAUGCAGAUCUUUUUCCUGAGUUGGAAGAGCAUGAUGCUGCUGAGAGAGAAAGGAUGCUAAGAUUAAUCAGUGCUAUCUAUAAUAGGACAAUGAGAGAGUAGUAGCUAUUUAGAUCUAUAAUUGUACAGAUGGACAUGGACUCAUAGGUUAGAUUUCUAAUGUCUUUUCUAAGAUUUUCUUUUUUUGAAACCAAGUUUCUCCUCUCACCUUAUAAUAUUUGGAGAUUAGGAAUGAACCAAACCUCAGAAUCUUUUGUAAAGAUUUAUAAUAUUAAAGUUCAUCUCAGGAGUGAUUGGUAAGAUAUUUUCUGGAGAAAGAAAUUA